AAGGCGAGCUCACAGGAAGUGCUGCUGCGGCUCCCUGGUCCUCCGCCUCCUGCUGCUGCUCGCGGUCUCACCGGCUCAGUGCGAACAGCCUCCAGCUGCCGUCGCUUCACUUUCACAUCAGCAGGUGAGCCCCGGGCUCCACACCGAGUGCUAACAUGCUGCAGCAGUCCAACCCGACCUCCAGCACCCUGCAGCUGGUGGCCAACGACAUGACGGACAUCAUGGAGAACCUGGACACCCGCGAGCUGGACCUGGGAGACGGCGAGUACGACACCACGGACACCCCCGUCGCAGCGGAGCAUCUGCCCUUCUCGGUGAUCCACCGCACGGUGGGCUUCAAGCAGCCCGAGGCCGAGGUCUACCUGUCCUCGCCCAUCACGGCCAAGAUCCUGGAGGUGGAGCGCUUCACCGCGGCCCAGGACCGCUUCAACGUCACCACGCAGAGGAGCGUCAACAAGUCGUUGCCGGCGGUGUUCAAGAUCGAGAUGAAACACGGUGAGUUCACGUGGCUGGUGAAGAGGAAGGAGAAACACUUCAUGGAGCUGCACAAAGAGCUCCGGACGUACAAGACCUUCAUGAGGCUGCCGCUGCCGUCCCGCAGUCACACGAUCAAGAGGAACACGGCGGCGAGGAGCGAGGUGACGCCGAUACCCAACCUGCCCCGAGGAGGUCGCGACGAGCUGGCCCGGGAGGAGCAGGUGUCCAGUCGCAGGAGACAACUGGAGGACUACUUGAACAACCUGCUCAAGAUGCCGAUGUACAGGAACUACCACGCCACGAUGGAGUUCAUUGACGUUAGCCAGCUCUCCUUCAUCCACGACCUGGGACCAAAGGGCUUAGAAGGAAUGGUGCUGAAGCGAUCCGGCGGCCAUCGGAUCCCCGGCCUCAACUGCUGCGGUCACAGCAGAAUGUGCUACCGCUGGUCCAAACGCUGGCUGGUGGUGAAGGACUCCUUCCUCAUGUACAUGAAGCCGGACUCGGGCGCCAUCUCCUUUGUGAUGCUGGUCGACAAAGAGUUCGGCAUAAAGAUGGACUCCCGAGACACGGAGACCACGCACGGCGUGCGCGUCGACAGCCUCUCCAGGUCUCUGGUGCUGAAGUGCAGCAGCUACCGACACGCCCGCUGGUGGGGUCAGUCCAUCGAGGGCUUCGUCCAGAAGCACGGCUCGGCCUUCCUCACCGAGCAUCGCUUCGGCUCCUUCGCCAGACAGGAGGAGAACGUCCCCGCCAAAUGGUAUGUAAAUGGGAAAACAUACAUGGAGGAUGUGGCUGAUGCACUUGAAAAUGCCAAAGAGGAAAUUUUCAUCACAGACUGGUGGUUGAGUCCAGAGAUCUUCCUGAAGAGGCCGGUCGUGGAAGGAAACCGCUGGCGUCUCGACUGCAUUCUGAAACGCAAAGCGCAACAAGGAAUUAAAAUCUGUGUGAUGCUGUACAAGGAGGUGGAGUUGGCGCUGGGCAUCAACUCCGGCUACAGCAAGAGAACGCUGCGGCACCUUCACCCCAACAUCAAGGUGAUGCGUCACCCAGACCACGUCUCGUCUGCCGUCUACCUGUGGGCGCAUCACGAGAAGAUCGUGGUCAUCGACCAGUCGGUGGCCUUCGUGGGCGGGAUCGACCUGGCGUACGGACGCUGGGACGACCGGGAACACCGGCUGACGGACGUCGGCAGCGUCACACUGUCUCACUUGGAGCAGGCUAGCUCCGCCUCCUCCAGUCACACGGCCCCGCCCAACGGCGGAGGCGUUUCCCAGAGCAACGGGAAGGGAAUUUUUACGGUGUCGGACACGAUGGACCAGCCCAAGCUGAAGAGUCAGGGCAGGAUGAAGAGGACCAGGUUCAGCAUCAGGAAACACCUGCAGAAACACGGCCUGGCCCAGGCCGACAGCGACAGCGACCUGGAGAACGAAGAGAGUCUCUCCAGCAGCGUCACCAGCAGCCGGCACGGCCUGAUCCCCGGCAGGCUGGCGGAGCUGAGGGCCAACUCUCCCGCCGUCGGCGGUCAGAGUCAGGCCGGAAGCAGCUCGGUGCGAAGUCUGCACACGGGGGUCGGAGAGUUGUUUGGAAACACGCGGUUCUGGCACGGAAAAGACUACUGCAACUUUGUGCACAAGGACUGGAUCCAACUGGACAAACCCUUCGACGACUUCAUCGACCGACACACGACUCCCAGGAUGCCCUGGCAUGACAUCUCCUCGGUGGUGCACGGGAGCGCGGCGCGCGACGUGGCCAGACACUUCAUCCAGCGCUGGAAUUUCACCAAGCUCAUGAAGCCGAAGUAUCGCUCUCUGUCGUUCCCGUAUCUGCUGCCCAAGUCUCACACCACGGCCGGAGAGCAGCGCUACCAGGUCCCCGACUGCACCAACGCCAAAGUGCAGAUCCUUCGCUCGGCCUCAGACUGGUCCGCCGGCAUCAAAUACCACGAGGAGUCCAUCCACAACGCCUACGUCCACGCCAUCGAGAACAGCCGACACUUCGUCUACAUCGAGAAUCAGUUCUUCAUCAGCUGCGCAGACAACCGACACGUUUUCAACAAGAUAGGAGACGCGAUCGCUGAGCGCAUCAUCAGAGCGCACAGGGAGGGUACGAGGUACCGAGUGUACGUGGUGACGCCUCUGCUGCCGGGCUUCGAAGGAAACAUCAACACCGGAGGAGGCAGCGCCAUCCAGGCCGUCAUGCACUUCAACUACAGGACCAUGAACCGAGGAGACCAAUCCAUCAUCUCGCAGCUCCGCAGAGAGAUGGGAGACCAGUGGAUGAACUACAUCUCCAUCGCCGGGCUGCGGACUCACGCCGAGCUGGAGGGGAAGCUGGUCACCGAGCUCAUCUACGUCCACAGCAAGAUGCUCGUCGCCGACGACAACACCGUCAUCAUCGGCUCCGCCAACAUCAACGACCGCAGCAUGCUGGGGAAGAGGGACAGCGAGGUGGCGGUGAUCGUGGAGGACUCGGAGACGGUCGCCGCGGUGAUGGACGGGCAGCCGUACCAGGCCGGGAGAUACGCCCUGCAGCUCCGCCUGGAGUGCUUCAAAACGAUCCUCGGCGCUCACACCGACUCGUCCAUCGACGUGUCCGAUCCCAUCAGCGACCACUUCUACAAGGAGGUGUGGAUGGCCACCUGCGCCCGCAACGCCACCACCUACCAGAAGGUUUUCCGCUGUUUGCCGUCCAGCGACGUCCGCAACAUCCUGGAUCUGGAGGGCUUCCUGGCCAAGACGGGCCUGGACAAGGACGACCCGCCGCGCGCCCGCGAGGAGCUGAAGAAGAUCCGCGGCUUCCUGGUGCAGUUUCCUCUCCAGUUCCUGUGCGAGCAGAACCUGCUCCCUCCCAUGGGCUCCAAGGAGGCCAUGGUGCCCAUGGAGGUCUGGACCUGAGAGUCCGCUCCUCGUGUGGACGAUCGCCGACCUGCCGCCAUUUUGGAGGCUGAAAACAUGUAAAUGUAGCUGCUGUGAUUUAUUGCUCUUAUUGGAACAUUAAACAAAACAUCUCCGCUCUUAUUAGCUAUGAAACAAAACUGUCAUCUGCUAACAUCUGUCUUUUUAAUAUCAAAUCCAGCGGCCGGUAGUUUUGGCCUGUUUUCGCCCCGAGUCCAGACUCGCAGGUGAAACGCCCCCAAAAGAACAAAGAUCCGGCCACAUAAUAACUAUUUAUAUGUUCUGUGAACAACACAGGUUUUAAGUCGGCGAGAUUUUUUUAUUUGUUAAUUUGAUAAAUGGAGAUUAUUAAGGGCCAUAAAAUAAAAUGAAACGUGCUGACACUUCACUGUCAUGGCGACGAGGGACAAUCUCAGCAUGAACCUCAGCCUCCAAAAUGGCGUCAGCUGUGGAAGACACACACAAACACACACACACACACACACACACACACACACACACACACGUCAUUACGAGACUGUGACUUCUCAAACACACACAGACACAAAAAGACACUAAGAAGUUGACCAGCAGACGCAGACAGGAACUCUCACAGUGCCUGAAAAGACUCCGUCCUCGACAGAAUCUUCUUCCCAACGACACUAUGCAACGUCCGGGGGCCGGUGGACGCAGCUCCGACGCUCCUGUGCUUGAAAAGACAGUAAAAAAAAAAAGAAAAAAGAGAGACUUUAAUGAAAAGAGGACGAAGGAGCUCCAACAGAAAGAAAAACCCCGAGUGCCAAAGAAGACGGAGCGUCGCCCCACGACGUUAAUCCAGUCUGAAACAUUUCAUCGUUCCAUUGAGCCGGAAGUGAUCUGAUCUGAUCUGAUCUGAUCUGAUCUGUUCUGUUCUGAUCUGAUCUGAUCUGAUCUGAUCUGAUCUGUUCUGAUCUGUUCUGUUC